AUGGCUACCAACUUUACUCAGAAAUUCCAGGCUGGAGAGUCUUAUGGAGAUGCGCGCCAAGACUCGGCUAACUUCUUCAAUGACCCGGCGAAGAUUGCAGCUGAUAUCCUGAAGGACUAUGUCUCCGUACGCGGUCAAACCUCCCCGGCGGAGCUUGUCGGCCUCAUCAAAGAGCUCCUCUCGAAGGGCGAGCCUCUUGAUGAUAAGAAAGGAACAACCGAGAUCCUCAUUGGCAUUCUUACAUCUCUGCCUGCCACGUCCAAGGCCAGGACAAUGCUCACCAACAAGCUCAUUGACACAUUAUGGGGAAAUCUUCAGCAUCCCCCACUGAGCUAUGUCGGUGGUGACAUCAAGUACGACGCUCUCAAUGAAGAAGGCGUAGUCCUCGACAGCAACGGACAGCCACAGACAAAGGAGCCUCAAGCAACAGACUCGAUCGAGUUCACUGCUCCUGGCACCAAUAUCCGUCUUCGCGAACAAGUACCGCAGGCGCCUGACGGCUUGCACCACUACCGCUCUCCCGAUGGCAGUUUCAACAACAUCCUCGAGCCAAAUUUGGGCAAGGCUGGAACGCCUUACGCCAAGUCGGUCAGGACGUCCAAGAGACUUCACGGCGUCAAGCCUGACCCGGGUCUCCUGUUUGACCUGUUGAUGGCUCGUGACGAGGGGUCUUUCAAGGAGAACCCGGCCGGUAUCUCUUCGAUGCUGUUCUACCACGCCUCUAUCAUUAUUCACGACAUCUUCAGAACCAACCGGACCGACAUGAACAAGAGCGACACAUCAUCUUACCUCGACUUGGCACCCUUGUACGGCUCAUCUCUCAAGGACCAGCUUGAGAUCAGAACGAUGAAGGAAGGAAAACUCAAGCCUGACACAUUCCACGAGAAGCGUCUCCUUGGACAGCCCGCGGGAGUCAACGUCAUGCUGGUCAUGUACUCUCGUUUCCACAACUACGUUGCCGAUAUCCUGCUCAAGAUCAAUGAGAACGGGCGCUUCACACUGCAAACCAAACCCAACGCCACCGACAUUGAGAAGGCCAAGGCUGUUGCCAAGCAAGACCAUGACCUCUUCAACGUGGCACGUCUCAUUGUGGGUGGUCUCUACAUCAACAUCUCGUUGCACGACUACUUGAGAGCCAUCACCAACACGCACCACUCCAAGAGCGACUGGACCCUCGACCCUCGCGUUGAGAUUAACAAGCAAUUCGACAGCGAUGGCGUGCCCCGCGGCGUUGGCAACCAAGUCAGUGUCGAGUUCAACCUGCUGUAUCGCUUCCACUCCUGCAUCUCCAAGAAGGAUGAGAAGUGGAUCGACGGGUUCUUUGGUAAGAUCUUCAAGGGCAAGCAGCCUGCGGACCUCCAAAACAUCAGCAUCGAGGAGCUUGGCAAGGCCUUCGUUGAUUACGAGCAGUCAAUCCCCAAGGACCCAAGUGUUCGCACCUUUGACGACCUGAAGAGACAAGAAGACGGCACCUUCAAGGACGAGGAUCUGGCUCGUAUCCUCAAGGAGGCCAUGAACGACCCGGCUGGAUGCUUCGGUGCUCGCAUGGUGCCCAAGGCCCUCAAGAUCAUCGAGGUUCUGGGUAUCAACCAGGCGCGCAGGUGGCAGGUCGCGUCGCUGAACGAGUUCCGAGAGUUCUUUGGCUUGAAGAAGUAUGACAAGUUCACCGACAUCAACUCCAACCCCGAUAUUGCCAGCCUCCUUGAGAAGCUCUACACCGACCCUGACAUGGUCGAGCUUUACCCUGGGCUCAUGAUUGAGGACAUCAAGCCGGUACGCAACACUGGCAGCGGUAUCUGCCCGACAUACUCUGUCGGCCGAGCUGUCCUCUCUGACGCCGUGACUCUUGUCCGCUCAGAUCGCUUCAACACCAUUGACUACACCGUUAGCAACCUGACGGCAUGGGGUUUCAACGAGGUCCAGCAGGACUACAAGACCCUCGGUGGCUCGAUGCUGUACAAGCUCAUCCAACGAGGACUGCCCAACUGGUUCCCCUACAACUCGGUAGCCGUCAUGCAGCCCAUGUACACCAAGAAGAUGAACGAGACCAUUGCAAGGGAGAUUGGCACCUUCCACCUCUACACCUUGGAAGACCCAACACCUCCACGUAAGGCCAUCAUCACCCAAUCAAGCGGGGCCAUCAAGUAUGUCUUGAGCAACCCUAAGCAAUUCGUCUUGCCGUGGCUCCGGCCUCUCGAGGCCAUGUUCACGAAUUCCAAGCGGGACAUCAGCUGGUUCAUGCUCGCGGGUGACGAGCAGAAGAACUACCAACACCGCAUCAACAUCAAGAAGGCGCUCAGCAAGAUUCCGACUCUGCACAACGCGAUCCACGAGUUCAUCGACCGCGUGGGCGCAGAGCUCGUCAAGAAGGAGACGUUCAAGAUGAAGGAAGGCCUGCACCAGAUGGACAUCAUCCGCGAUGUUGCCAUCCCCUUGAACGCUCAGCUUCUUGCUGACCUCUUCUACUUUGAUCUGCGCACUGACGAGAACCCUGGUGGUACCCUUGGCCAUGCUGAGCUCUACAACCAUUUGCUGAAUGUCCGUAUUUGGGGAGUCAAUGACAACGACCCAGCUCAGUCAUGGAACCGUCGCCGCCGCGCGAUUGAGAGCGUCAACGUUAUUAUCGAGUCGACGGCUGGCCCCGUCAAGGAGGUCCAUGCCGGUCGUGGCCUUGGCUUUGGAAUCGCCAACGCCAUCUCCAGCGCGGUCGGUCGCAGGGCCAACUUCAAGAAGGAUUCGCUGCGGUCGUGCGGCUACAAGUUUGUCGAGGAGCUCUUGGCGCAAGGAAACUCGGUCGAUCAAGUCGUCGACAACAUGUGGCUGACUGCUUUCGGCGGUAUCGGUGUUCCUGUUACAACUUUCUACGAAGUGUUGUCGUUCUUCUUGCGCCAAGAGAAUGCCUCCAUCUGGGCAGAGGUACAAAACCUAGCACAGAACAAGGACGACGCAGGACUCCACGCCUACGUCCGCGAGGCACAGCGUCUCACCAGCGGGCAGCGUAACGUGCGUGUUGCGACGGCACCGGCCGAGAUCGACGGCAAGCCAGUCCAGCCGGGCACUGCAGUCGUGAUGCUUCUUGGCGGCGCUGGGCGAAACCCAGGGGAGAUCGCCAACCCCGACAAGUUCGACGCGAACCGCAAGGCCGAGGAGGUUUCUGCCUUCAGCUACGGCCAACAUGAGUGCUUGGCCAAGGACAUUGCCACGACUUUCGUGGUGGGACUCGUCAAGCUCGCGGCUGAUCUCAAGCAGCUGCGCCCGGCACCGGGCCAGAUGGGCAUCGUCAAGACCAUCCAGGUCGGCAGCGAAAAGGCGUACCUGAACGACAGUUGGUCGUACCUUGGCUUUGAUGCCAGCACCUGGAAGGUUCACUUUGAUGGCCAUGGAAAGGGCACAUACAAGGGCGAUGCUGCUGCACCAAAUAACCAGAUUGACUUGGGACAGUACUACUACCUUCUCAAGCAGCGCAAGGAGAACUUGCUCAGUGGCCUCGGUGGACCGGCCAGCAUCCGUGCUCAAUGA